AAUCUAGAUAAGUCAACCCACUGAAGUAUAUUUAGAUUAUUCUUUCUUUCUUCACACAUGGCAACCCCUAUCCCAUUGGCUAGUUGCCUACCAUACCUACACGGGACACAGGAUAUACAGGAAGUGUACGAAUUCUAAUUUACGUUUUUUUCGUCCUGCGCAAUGUGCAUUGGGACUUUUGCUUGGAGAUCAAAUCCUUCUCAAGCCGUGGUUACGAUCAAGUUAUCAACCCCCGUUGGCGCAUUCCCCUCGAUGUUACCUUGAUGAGCUAAGCCUCAAGUUUGGGAAGGUAGCAUUCAACACAAUCCGUUCAAGUAGAACUUGGAAAAGCUAGAAAAUCCAUUGAAAAACUCGGCCUAAGACAAAAUCAACCAGCUGAAACAAAAUGGAAUGUUUGUGUAUGCAGGAUUACCCCGCGAGUGAAUACCAUGCCAAAAAAGAUAUUCGCCAAGAGACGACACAAUUCAUUGCUCGCUUUAAAGUGUUAACCCAAUCAAUGAACAGGCCAGUAGCAUUAAAGGUUUCGUCAACCAUUCGGCAUUAUCACGACCCAAUUAAAUUGUCAAUCCUUCUACAUGAAAUCUAUUACACAGCAUCUCUUACGGUCGCACAAUUCCAUUGUAAAACGGCCCUUCAUAAUCUCGUUCAUAUCAAAACGGCACAGUCGCACUUAUCCCUCCGCCUUACGAUCAAUCCUGCAAGGCUAUUUUGA